UAUCUAUAUGAAUCUCUGUCACCAAACAACAACACCACCCUCUCUCUCUCUCUCUCUACUUUCUCUCUCUACACUCCCUUUCUCGAUUCCCUUCUUCUCGUUCUCAAUCCUGAGAACCCUUGAUCAUCGAAGAUUCUAACCAUGGAUGAGAAUUCGGCUCUAAUCGCAGCCAUUCUGAGGGAGCAAGAGGAGGAGGAAGAAGCUCACAGGCGGAGAACCCAAACCACCACGCAGACCAACCACCGCACCACCAACGAAUGGCAAACGGUGUCGUAUCAGAAGCGGAGGCGCAACAACAACAACAAUUCAUCCUCCUCCUCGAAGCAGCCUAUCGCCGACGACGGCGAUCCCUCCGACGGCGUGUUUCGCUCGGUGGAGCGGCAUUCCGAGGAUCGCCGGCGGCGGAUCCUUGAAUCUCAGAUCGCGGCUGCUGCAUCAGACGACGCCGCUCCGAGCAGAUCGAAGCGUCAUUCGGACGAUGAAGAUGGCAGCGAUGAUGAGAUGGAUGCCGGAGCCGUUCAGAACGGCUCUGCUGAGGCGAAGAAGAAGGUGAAGGCGAAGAAGCCGAAGAAGGUGAAGGUGACGGUGGCGGAGGCUGCUUCCAAACUCAAUGCCGAUGAUCUCGAGGCGUUUCUGGCUGAGAUCACGGCUUCGUAUGAUACGCAGCAAGAUAUUCAGCUGAUGCGAUUUGCUGAUUAUUUUGGCCGCGCGUUCUCGUCGGUGGGCGGAGCUCAAUUCCCAUGGCUGAAGACAUUCAAGGAGUCGACCGUUGCAAAGAUGGUUGAUGUCCCUCUUUCGAAUAUAUCUGAGCCUAUUUACAAAAUAUCAACUGAUUGGAUCAGUCAUCGAUCACCUGAAGCACUUGGGUCCUUUGUGCUGUGGUCAUUGGACAGCAUUCUUGCAGACCUUGCAAGUCACCAAGGAGUUGUCAAGGGAUCCAAAAAGGGGGUCCAGCAACCAUCCUCGAAAUCUCAGGUUGCCAUAUUUAUGGUAUUAGCAAUGGUGCUUCGACGAAAACCUGAUGUCAUGAUUAGUUUAUUGCCAACAAUGAAGGAGAGCCAAAAGUAUCAAGGACAGGAUAAACUCCCUGUCACCGUUUGGGUGAUUGCUCAGGCUUCUCAAGGAGAUCUAGUGAUGGGGUUGUACUUGUGGGUAUCUCUUCUUUUGCCUCUGCUGAGUGGGAAGUCUGGUUGUAGUCCACAAUCAAGAGACCUGAUAUUACAGAUGGUUGAAAGAAUUAUCGCAUCUCCAAAAGCUCGUACCAUCUUGUUAAAUGGAGCUGUCAGAAAGGGGGAGCGUGUUGUGCCUCCAUUGGCUCUUGACUCUCUAUUGAGAGUUACUUUCCCUCUUCCUUCAGCUCGGGUCAAGGCCACUGAGAGACUUGCAGCCGUUUAUCCAACACUAAAAGAAGUAUCCCUUGCGGGGUCCCCUGGAAGUAAAGCAAUAAAGCAUCUUGCACAACAGAUAUUAAGCUUUGCAAUCAAAGCUGCAGGGGAAGCCAAUCCUGACCUAUCAAAAGAGGCAAGUGACAUUUUUAUUUGGUGUUUGACUCAGAAUCCUGAAUGUUACAAGCAAUGGGAUUUGCUUUACAUGGAUAACCUUGAAGCAAGUAUUGCAGUAUUGAGAAAGCUUUCGGAUGAGUGGAAGGAACACCUGGACAAACACCCUACUCUUGAUCCUUUUAGGGAAGCUCUUAAGAGCUUCCAUCAAAAGAAUGAAAAUGCCUUGACUAAGGUGGAUGAUGGUGCUCGCCAUGGAUUAUUGAAGGAUUCAGACAAGUACUGCAAAGUCAUAUUGGGGCGAUUGUCACGAGGCAAUGGAUGCAUGAAGAGCAUGGCAUUUGUGUCCGUUGUACUUGCAGUUGGUGCCGUUUUCAUGUCCCAGAACAUGCAUUUAUGGGAUUACGAUAAAAUCUCGGAAAUGUUGAACCUUUCCUAAGUUGACAGAGUUAUCCUUUGGCCAAUUCUUCGAUUAUGCCCUAGAGUGAAUCGUCUCAGCUUAAUGAGGAAUAUUAAUUUAUUUUGGUCUUCAACAAGUGAAAUCAAACCAACGUAGGAGAAACAAAGCCAUGGUCCAUGGAAGCUUGCGCUGGCCAUUUACAUAGUUAUUGAUCUGUGUUAUCUCAAGAUUUAGAUCAAUUUAAGAAUUUACUUUCUUUCAAAAAUUUAUAGUGGCUUGUUAUAUAUUGAUUUUCGUAUAAAUGCCAAAUGGCUAUAGAGAAACGAUAGUCAGAUGUGAAAUCAAAUUGUGCUUGAAAGCAAAUUUUGAAGCAUCUAAAUUCUUAUUUGUGCUCA